GAGUCCCGCUGCCGGCCAAUCAGAUUGGCGGAAGACAGGAUCGGUGGUCCUCGGGUUUGAGUCCCGCCUGCGGCGAGAUGGUGCCCAAGCCUUUCAAAAUCCGCAGUCCGAGCAGUGGCCGGAAAUAUGGAGUGGCAGCGAGAAGCCUGAAGGAGCUGCGCUCCAAAGCCUGCGUCCUUCUGCAGCUUCCUGUCUCCGACUGCCAACUGUAUUUGUAUGAGGAUGGCACAGAGGUGACGGAAGAUUAUUUCCAGCAUGUCCCAGAUCAUUCCGAACUGAUCUUAUUACCUCCAGGAGAGAGCUGGCAUGGCUACGUGAGCGAGAUCCAGCGCUUUCUUGAUGCUUUUUCCAACCGAACGGAUGACAUUGUUCUUGCAGCCCGGGGGCUGCUUUCUGACGAGGAAGCCCCAAAGAGACGGAAACUGCUGGCUGAUCUCAUUCAGAAUCUCAGUGAAAAUAUUUCCGCGGAGAAUAGAGAGGAUGAUGGGAAAUGGUUCGAAGGGGUUGAAUCUCGCUUUAAGACAAAGUCCAGUUACAUGCGUUACAGUUGCGAGAGCAGAAUCCGAGGUUACAUGAAGGAGGUUGGCAAUUAUGCUUCUGCCCUCCACCCAGCUGUCCAAGCUAAAUUCAAAAGGAUUGCGGAAGUGAUGCUAGAGAGACUGAAGUUGGAGAGGUACAAUGGCAGCUAUUUUGACAGGAGAGAAGAUGAGAAGGUCUGUCUUUGCACACCAGAAGGCUGGUUCUCUUGUCAAGGCCCUUUUGACAUGGAACACUGCCUUUGCAGACACUCCAUCAAUCCUUAUGGGAACAAAGAAAGCAGAGUCCUCUUCAGCACAUGGAACCUUGAUCACGUUGUUUUUGGUGCUUUUGUUUGCCGCCCUGGGCUCCUGCCAAGAGGAAUCGAGAAGAAACGGACAGUCCUCCCGACGUUAGCAGAAGCCUUUAAGGACCGAGAUGGAAGAGAAGUGAACUGGGAAUACUUCUACCAGCUGUUGUUCACUGUUGAGAAUUUGAAACUUGUGCACAUUGCCUGCCACAAGAAGGGCAACCACAACCUCAGCUGUGACAAACCCAAGAUCUUCCGAAAACGAAAACAGCCUUGCAAGAUCCGCAAGUGACAUUUCUAUUUGCCAAGAGCGUUUCGAACCAGUGGACUGACGUAACUUGUUCUGAGCGAUUGGGUGGGUAGUCCUGAGGCAUUAUGCAUGAUCACUUUGAGGGGUCCUAAUGCCUUCUUGACCCUUGACCUAUUAACUUCCUCCAUCCUUUGUGUCAGUUCUAUGUGCCUAUCUCCAUUUGGGGAGGAGGGGGCAGUGGUUCUGAACUCCAAAAGAUGGCAACUCUAUGAAUUUCCUUGAUGUGCAUGUCUAUUGGCCAGUGCCUGUGCCAUCACUCAAGCCAAAUAAUGUAUUCUCUAAUUCCGUAGGUGAUUUUGCAAUUUUUUAAAUAAAUAUUGAAGGCUCAUUGCUUACCUA